AUGAAUAAGAGAAACGAACUUGGGCUAGGGCCCGGCUCCAGGCACCGCUCGUGGUUGCAGUCCUUCAUCAGGGAGGAACCCGAUUCCCAGAAGAACGAGAUGGAAAUAAAGUCCGACUCCACAACCCUUAAGUUCCGUAAGCACAACCAGCUGAAGGCGGUUUCCGAACGGGAUGGCAAGCAGGUAGUGGAGGAGAUCAUCCAGGACAUGUUCGACAAGAAGCGGGGUACCAUCACACUGUCUGAAUCGGACAGUUCGCUGCAGGAGGAUAUGCGAGAAUCCCUGAGCAUGGACCCUCGCCUGAAGCUGUGGUAUAACACGCUCCAGAACCGUGCGGCCGUGCAGGCGAAGAUCCAGAGGAAGCUCGGCCGCCGUCCCGACGAAAUGCUGAUCAACGCCGGCAGCACUGUAGCUCCCAGGGAUCGGGGUAACGUGGAGCGGCUGCUCGACCUUGCCGGCCGCAUGAAUCCCACCAGCUUGUUCCAAAAGAAACCUGCCACUCUUCCCGCCUUGUUUACCAGCCAAUGCCAACUUCUACCCGAGCUGCAGGAGACACUUCCACGCGCCGAGCAGUCCGGUCGGGCGGAGCUGGAGAUCACUGGCCUAACCCAUGCCACCAAGCAGGAGAUCCUGGGCAGGGCGUACCAACGGCCCGAGAUGCCCACACCGUGGCAGAAGUCGCGCGUGCUGGAGAAUCGUAUCGAGAACAAGAGCAGCGACAUAAGGCGCGUCAUCUCGUUCUUCCCGAAUCUGGACAGACUGGAGGUGGUGGGUGGCUCCGUGCAGCAGGAGUUUACCAACGGAGAACUUAAUCGGCUCGAGCGGGUGUCUUGUGACUCUAUUUACACCGUGAGCGGCACUUCUCAGUUAAUGCCCGACGAGGAGGAAAAAGUUGAGGAACACCACAAGGCAGAUCCUGACCCGGCAAAAAAUCAGGAAUCUGUCGUUUCCCGUGCAGCCGUUAUCAUCAACGGUACGCUCUAUAUGAACUCAGGAAAGCGCAUCUUUUUACCGGAGAUCGCGAACGUUUUUUUCGAGUGCCACCCGUUCCAGAACGUGGUCAAGGAGGUGGCUCGCGUGGAGAACGUCGGUGGCCAGGUGCUCACCUGCCAGUGGGCCACUGUGGACUGCAAGCGUGCCCCCAAAAGCCCUGCCCAGUGCCAGAUCUUCCUAAUGUCGCCGGCCAGCUUCACCGUUUUCCCAGGUGAGGUGCACGUGUGCCGAGCGCUGUACCGACCACGUGGAUGCUACCUGCUGAAGCAGCGCUAUGAGCUCCGCAUUUUCCCCAACGUAAUCGGCUCCGUGCGCGGUAUUUUCUUGGUCCGCCUGACGGGACGCUGCAUCCCGGCUCCGGAGUACACGGCCAAGCUUCGGCGGCACCAGCAACUGCUUACGGACAAGUCCAUGAAGAAAAUGGCCAAUGACCUGAACAAGUACCAGGCGUCCAUAGUGCCUCUCCUGCAUCCGCCCGAAGUAAUGUGUCCUUAUGAGCGGGUGUUGGACGAAAGGGAGGUGUUUAAUGUAGAGAAUCCUGGAUACAAGUGCGAGCGGUUUGACGACCUUGAGACAUUGAAAUCGCUAUACGAAACUCUUAAGAAACCAAGGGAGCCCGCUUGGGAUCUGCGACUGGAGACGGUUCGUAGGGUAAUCCUUCGGUUCCCGGACUCCAAUAAACGAAAGUUGUACUUCGCAAAACUAGUCAAAGUUCAGGAGGAACUUAAGCUGUGUAGAGGCAGUGAUUUCCUUACGCAUUUCAGUCAGCAUAACGAGAGGAUUCGUUCCAAGUUCAUCUAUGUGAAGGGGUGCAUAGGCAAUGGCAUCCAGGAGUGGGAGGAGAUGAUGGCAUCGAUGGAACUGAGUGGCUUCAGGCUGGAGAUAAGUCACUUUCGGCAACAAGAAGAAAAAGAAAAGACACCAUUGGAUGGGACCGAUGAUGACGGCAAAGGAUCGGAGGAAAAGCCAUGGAUGCAGCAGCUGCGUAAGGAGAACCCCUAUCAGUAUCUCCUGAAAAAACUGCGAUCGAGGAAAUCAUACAGGGACAGCCUCUACGUUCAGACAUACUCGCACCUUUGUGACAUGGCCGAAAACGUGGUUUCCGUUAUCGAAAGCACUAAGACCGCCUAAAGUAAACUGCUUUUUGCAGUUUGGUUUCAUGCUUAACGUCCAAAUUUAAUAUGGCUCAGAAAUAGUAAGAAGUUGCCAAAAGUCUCGCAAAGAAAUAAAGAAAAACUCCCCGGG